UACCCUCCUCUUUUUUCGGUUUUUCUUUGGACGCAUAUUCACCCCUAAAUUAUAGCGCAAAAAAAGAAAACCAUCCCUAAAGAAAUGGCGGGUACCGACAUCUUGGAUCGGUCGGAAUCAGUGGAAACGUCGGCGUCAGAACGAACUUCCGACGCUUCAUAUCAAUCGUCCUCUGCCGUGGUUUCCUCGGUGGCGGAUCAGUCGUCCAAUCGGUUAAAGAGUUCUGAAAUUCAGACAUCAGUAGUUAUUUAAUCAUUGUAAUUCUCAGUUGGUAUAUGAAAAUGUUGGGCAAAAGAAUGGCCGAUUGAUUGGUUUGUAAAUUGUGCCAAGUUAUGGCCUCAACGGUCAUAGAGGAGUGAGGAAGUGAGUGUUACUACAAUAGUAUUUGUUUGCUUCUCUUCAAAAGGGUCAUAUGUACCUGUUCAACCAUUUCAUUUGCUUUUAUUUAAAUUUCUGUUGAUUUGAGUCAAAGGUAUUCAGAAUCAGAAAGUAAUUCCCUUUCGUGCAGUCAUCACAUCACAUCACAUCUGUACGAAGAGAAAAACAGCUGGAAUAUUUCCUACUACCAUAGAAAUUAUGGUCGGACAAAAGAAGUUUUUCUUUUCAUCAUUCCUGUCCCGGGAUGAUGGUUCACAACAUGGUCAGCAGUCUGAACUACAGGAUAUGCCAAUAGAAUCCACUAGUGGAACAAAUGGAAUCGGCAUAAAUGGAGAGGCUGAGAAUUCUGAAAUCCUCAGAGAAGAUCUGGAACCUAGUGAAAGGGAUGACGGCAUUUCUAUGCCAGAAGAAUAUAAGACUCCCAUCGAAGGUGAAGCCAAAAGUGUACCGGAUCCAUUGGAGGUUCAGGAAACUUUAGAAGAGUAUGUAGAAACUGUUACUGAUUUAGAAUCAUUGUCUUCUCAGAAGGAUCCUAAAUGGGUGUAUGAAAAUUGUGAAGCGCCUAAAGUUCCUCAAAGUUAUGUGAAGAUAGCCGAAGCCAUAUUCCCGUUAAAAGUGGAGGAGUUUUUUAUUCUCUUUUUCUCCGAAGAGGCCACUGAUUUUGUCAAAUCAUAUCAUGAAAGCUGUAAAGACAAAGAUUUUAGGGUUAGCUCUUGGCACACUCAUAAUGAAUUUGGACAUGCGCGUGAUGUAUUCUUCCAACAUCCAAUUAAUAUUUAUUUUGGUGCUAAAUUUUGCAGCUGCCAGGAGGUUCAGAAAUAUAGAGUUUAUAGAGACAGUCAUUUGGUUAUUGAAACCUCACAAGUAGUAAGAGAUGUACCUUAUGGAGACUACUUCUCAGUUGAGGGACUAUGGGAUGUAGAAAGAGAUGAAAAUAACUCAAAUAGCUGCACUUUGAGAUUUUAUGUAGGCGUGGAUUUUUCCAAGAAAACAAUGUGGAAAGGAAAAAUUGAGCAGUCUACUAUGGAUGAGGCUCGAGAGACAUACUCUACUUGGAGAAAAAAUGCUGAUGAAUUGUUGAAGCAAAAGAAUGUUGAGAAAGAAGCUUUUAUGCACGAUGCAGAUAAUGUAAUACCUAAUGGUGAAGCUAAUGAAGAAAGGUUACCAUCACAGAGGAGUGUAGAACAUGGGGAUGUUAAGCAACCAGCUGAUGAUACCUUAAAUAGAUCACGGGGCAGGAUCGUCUCUUCACUUGCUGAAUCAUUGGUGAAAUUAUAUUCAUAUAUUAAGUCUCAAAGCGAGAUUCCAGUACUUUUAAUUGUUGUCUUUGCACUGAUUCUUCUUGUAACACAGAUGAGCAUAGUUGUACUACUGUCAAGAGCCCAAGAAGUGAAAGUGAUUCCUGAAUCAACGGCUGCGGAAUACAUGAGAAGCAGCAGUUGCGAUUCAAGUGGAACAAUACUGGACAAAAAAGUGCAAAAUGUGAAGGAAGAGAUGUUCAUUAUUGAGACAAUGGUGGAAAAGAUGCGCGGGGAACAUGGUUUGUUAAAAGCUCAGUUGAGAGAGUUGGAGAAAAUGCAAUUAAUCACCAGACAAAAGAAAUCAGAACAAUGUGUAUUAUAGAAAUCAGAACAAUUCAGUUAUAGUAGUUAGUAGUACAUCAGAACAAUGUGUUUAGUAAACUAUGUAUGUAGUAUCAUCAUUCAUUAGGUUACUUAUUUA